AUGAUAAAAACUGGUGUUAGAAGUGAGAUGAUAAAAACUGGUGUUAGAAGUGAGAUGAUAAAAACUGGUGUUAGAAGUGAGCUGAUAAAAACUGGUGUUAGAAGUGAGAUGAUAAAAACUGGUGUUAGAAGUGAGCUGAUAAAAACUGGUGUUAGAAGUGAGAUGAUAAAAACUGGUGUUAGAAGUGAGCUGAUAAAAACUGGUGUUAGAAGUGAGAUGAUAAAAACUGGUGUUAGAAGUGAGCUGAUAAAAACUGGUGUUAGAAGUGAGAUGAUAAAAACUGGUGUUAGAAGUGAGAUGAUAAAAACUGGUGUUAGAAGUGGGAUGAUAAUGCUGGUGUUAGAUGUGGGAUGA